UCUGAUAUGGAAGAGGUGACCAUGAAGGAUUGCCGAGUGGGCCGAGUAGCACCGGGCGCCAUUGCUGCCAAGGGGGACAUCACAGUCACCAUCACGGGCAACAACUUCCUCAAAAUGGAGAAAGGAGCGUUUAAGAUUAACGUGACAGGCAGUGUGAGCUUCAAUCAGAACAUCAUGAGGGCGCAGGGACUCGAAGCGCUGGCGGAAAUGAGGUGCCACAACGCCUCCUCCAUUCAGAAUAACACCAUCCUUGUCUCUACGCCCGUGCGCCCCGUGUCUGGCCAGUCCUCCACGCCCUUCCAUCCUUCAUGUGGCAAACCUCAGCUGUUCAUGGUGCUGACCCCGACGAGGCAAGUACUUGUGAUGGAGGACACGAGGGUGGCAUGGGUGCUGGGUGCCACGCUGGCGGUGUUGGGUAUGAUGAUAGUGCUGGGCGUGGCUUGGUUCUUUAGGAGGCGUCGUCCCGUCUGGACGCCGGGACGCUUCCCUGACGUCUUUAUGGGACGCAACUGCAAGACCUCAAUGGAAAACCUUCCUCGAAACAUUGAGAUGAACAAUGCUCGUGAAGACCUGGAGGAGGGGACAUCGGUCAAGGAUCUCGACAUGAUGUACGAAUCCCAGCAAGAACACGAGCAGCCUCUCCUGGAGGAAGGCAGUGGCGAUCAAAGCAGCCUGUCUUUGGAUGAUGAGCAGUUUGCUGUCUCCGAUGCCCAUCACAGUUCUUCCAGCUUCCCUAGUGAAGAUCUCAAUUAAUUUUUUUUUUUUUUUUUUUUUUUUGCUGUCUUUUUUCUUUGUGUUGGCAAUACAGUGUUCUUUCUUAACCUUCAAGUCACACACAGUCCAAGGGCACCAUCUCGCCUUACCACUGCUGCAUAGACGUUCCUUUGUGAGGACCACCAACAUGGGCCACUGCCUUUUUUUUCUUUUUUUCCUUUUUAUGAACUAUGUAUCUUCCUACGUAUCCAUUUAUCUGUAUGUCUAACAGAAGAAUUCUUCAGAACUCCUACACGAUGAGCCCAUCCACAGGCGACGGUCACUGGUGCAUUGAAUAACAGUCGUGACUCGUGAGGAGUCAAAAUAAUAAAUAUCUGAGGGAAUAGCAUCACCAGUAUUUUCUAUGAUUUUUUUUUUUUUUUUUUUUGCUUCAAAUAUUUGUUUCAACAUUCAUUUGUCUUUUUUAUUUUUAUCUAUUUCUUUUGCUUAGGUUUAUUUAUUUUUUUUUAUAUCAUAUUCUUGAUUUUUUUUUAUUUAUUCAUCUAUUUAUUUUUUUUUACUGCGAACGUAAAUUGUGGGCUGCAGUGGGAGUCAUCACUACAUAACUGUGGGAAAGCUAAGUAUUAUUCAAGCUGGAUAUUUUGGAAGUCGACCUAUACUGUAGUGUAGGUAUUUGGCUCCUAUAGUGUGUGCUCUUUAAUACAGAUUAUAAAUUUUUUGCAAAUUCUCUACCGUUA